CGAAUUGAGAGCUCCUGUCAAUAACAAUAACAAUGGAGGAAGCCAGAGAACUCAUCCAGCCAAAGCCAAAAAGAGUAGGAACAGACCAGAAGCAAAAGCUCAUGGCCGCCGAGCAGCAGCAGCAGCAGCAGCUGCAGCACUCCCCUCGCCAUCUAGUGGCAUCUCUUAGAGACUUCCUCGUAUACAAGUUCCACCAAGCUAAGCGGGGCCGGCGCCGGCGAAUCGGCUGCUCCGGUUCCUUCUGCAAGCUCCGCGACCUCCAACGGCCGGAGCGGGAGCUGUCUCUCCCCGAGCCCUGCAAGACGACGACUUCCGGAGUUUACAAUUCCAUCUCUCGCUCGCCGGCGUCGAUAGCCGCCUCCACUUCGUCGCCGCCGGCCGGAGGCUCAUUCCGGGGGAUGCAUGCACUGGGGCGGCUCUCCGUUUGCUACGAGUGUCACAUGGUGGUCGACCCCAUCAAUGGCACGCCGAGGUACUCCAACGUGAGGGCGACGGUCUUCGCCUGCGCCGACUGCGGCGAGGUCUUCCUGAAAGCAGAGAGCUUGGAGGCUCACACUGCCAUAAGGCACGCAGUUUCAGAGUUGAGUCCGGAGGACACCGGCAGAAAAAUAGUGGAGAUCAUCUUCCAAUCGAGUUGGCGCAAGAAACGAACAGAAUCUUACAAGAUCGAGAGGAUCUUAAAGGUCCGCAACACUUCCAAAACCACCUCGAGGUUUGAAGAAUACCGCGACUCGAUCAAGAACAAAGCCGGUAAGCUGGCGAAGAAGCACCCGCGAUCCACCGCCGACGGCAACGAGCUCAUGAGGUUCCACUGCACCACCUUCGCCUGCUCCCUGGGCCUCGCUGGAGCCACCACGCUGUGCGACAUCGCUCCCCAUUGCAACCUCUGCAGCAUCAUAAGGGACGGGUUCAAGCCCAAUUCGAGUGGAAGAAUAACGACGAUGGCCACCAGCGGCAGAGCUCACGAUGCCGCUCGAUUCUUCGCGAAGGAGGAAGAAAGAAUCGCCAUGCUGGUGUGCAGAGUAAUAGCAGGGAGAGUGAGGAACCAGGAUUAUUGUGGCGGAGAUCAGGAGUACGAUUCCAUUUCUGGCUGCUCCAAUUUGGAUGAACUAGUUGUUUUCAGUUCCAAAGCGAUUCUUCCUUGCUUUGUGGUCAUCUAUCAGUGCUGCUCCUUGUGAAUUUGUCCUCGGAUCUGACAAAGACGACGGAAGAUGCUUUAGAUUUGUUCUUCUGAAAAAGAAAACAAAUGUGACAGAUUAAAUUAUGCUGAAAGCAAUGUGGCAUCGAAGAAGCUGCCAGACGCCAGCUUGUGAGUUUGUAUCCAUGUCAAUGUCCAUCUCUAUGUUCUAUCUUGCUGAAACAUUGGAACCCAUUUGUGCUUGGAAGGUAGCUAUCGUAUGUAGUCAUGAGGAGGACUGCUCUGUGUGUGUGUCUCUUUCUCUCUCUCUCUCUCUUUGUCAGAGCAAAUGUGUCGUUACUUGUGGUUUUCUACUGCGAUGAAUUAAAGACUAUAAAUGUU